AGGAGAUUCUUGGUAUCGUCCUUUGUUCAUGGCGUGCUGUGUUGUAUUUAAAAUUUCAAUAGUCACUGGACGGAGUUGUUUUGUCUUUGUAAUUUGUUAGUGCAAUGGACCAGAAUGAAACAGAUCAAAUUUAGCAUUUAUUAUUGUUUCAUUUUGAUAUGCUAUCCAGACCAUUAUAGAGAUACAUAUUUGUGUUUGUCCUGUGUAGUUAGUGGCCUUACGAUUGGCUGAUCCCCUGUCCAAGGAGUCCUACUGACUGUGAUUAGGCUCAAGAAGCUGAAGAAGUAGCCACAGUCUAACAAAGUGAUCUAGAACCAUGAUGAUGACAAAUGCAUAAUACCUUUUAAUUCUGUAAUUUAUUAUGCAGUAGUAGUGUAGCUUGACUUUUAUUCACCCAGUCACCCAUACAUUCUAACGGACACCUAUGGAUGCACACACCCCUGCUCUCUCUGUCUCUUUCCCCCCUCUCUGCCCUCCUCCUACCUGUUUAACCUCUCUGUGGUCAUGAGUUUCAAAAUUAUUUCUCCUCAUGGGAGGGUUUUUCAGGUUAUUUCCUCUUGUUUCGCAGAGUACUGUGAACGAACUUCAACCUGUAUGGAGUGCAGAGUGGCGAUAUUCCUGUGAUAAGUGUGAUAAAUCAUUCACUCAACAGUGUAAUCUGAGGGCUCAUCAGUGCAACACACAUCAACACAUACAUAGUAGGGAGAGGCCAUUUUGCUGUGAUGUAUGCAAUAAGUCAUUCAGUCAGCGGAGCCAACUGAAGACGCAUCAACAGCUACACAGUGGUGAGCGGCCGUUUUGCUGUAACGUGUGUAAUAAGUCAUUCGGUCGGCGGGGUAGUCUGAAAGUACAUCAACGGCUACAUAGUGGUGAGCAGCCGUUUUGCUGUAAUGUGUGUAAUAAGUCAUUCAGUCGGCGGGGUAAUCUGGAAGUACAUCAACGGCUACAUAGUGGUGAACGGCCAUUUUGCUGUGAUGUGUGUAAUAAAUCAUACAGUGAUAGGAGUAAUCUGAGGAAUCAUCUGCGCAUACAUAGUGGUGAGCGGCCGUUUUGCUGCGAUGUGUGUAAUAAAUCAUACAUUGAUAGGAGGAAUCUGAGGACGCAUCUGCGCAUACAUGGUGGUGAACGGCCGUUUUGCUGUAACUUGUGUAAUAAGUCAUUCAGUCAGCGGAGUACACUGAAGACACAUCAAAGGCUACAUAGUGGUGAGCGGCCGUUUUGCUGUAACUUGUGUAAUAAGUCAUUCAGUCAGCGGAGUACACUGAAGACACAUCAAAGGCUACAUAGUGGUGAGCGGCCAUUUUGCUGUGAUGUGUGUAAUAAAUCAUACGGUGAUAGGAGUAAUAUGAGGGAUCAUCUGCGCACACAUAGUGGUGAGCGGCCGUUUUGCUGCGAUGUGUGUAAUAAAUCAUUCAGUCAUCAGAGUAGUCUGAGGAAGCAUCUGCACAUACAUAGUGGUGAGCGGCCGUUUUGCUGUAACUUGUGUAAUAAAUCUUUCAGUCAGCGGGGUAAUCUGAAAGUACAUCAACAGCUACAUAGUGGUGAGCGGCCAUUUUGCUGUGAUGUGUCUAAUAAGUCAUUCAGUCAGCAGAGCCUUCUGAAGACACAUCAACAGCUACAAAGUGGUGAGCGGCCGUUUUGUUGUAACGUGUGUAAUAAGUCAUUCACUCAGUGGCGCCUUCUGAAGACACAUCAACAGCUACACAGUGGUGAGCGGCCGUUUUGCCGUAACGUGUGUAAUAAGUCAUUCAGUCAGCAGGGUAGUCUGAAAGAACAUCAACGGCUACAUAGUGGUGAGCGACCAUUUUGCUGUGAUGUGUGUAAUAAAUCAUUCGUUAAUCGGAGUAAUCUGAGGAGGCACCUGCGCAUACAUAGUGGAGAGCGGCCAUUCUGCUGUAACGUGUGUAAUAAGUCAUUCAGUCGCCUGGGUGGUUUGAAGACACAUCAUCAGCUACACAGUGGUGAGCGGCCGUUUUGCUGUAAUGUGUAUAAUAAAGCAUUCAGUUGGCGGGGUAAUCUGGAAGUACAUCAACGGCUACAUAGUGGUGAGCGUCCAUUUUGCUGUGAUGUGUGUAAUAAAUCAUACGGUGAUAAGAGUAGUCUGAGGAAGCAUCUGCGCAUGCAUAGUGCUGAGCAGGCAUAGAGCUGUGUGGUGUGUAAUAAGUUGUUUGCUCAUCAGAGCCAUCUGGAGACACAUCGAGUGGCACGUAGUGAUGGGUGUAUUACAUCAUAGAGCAGUAGAGGUGGGUUUGAACUAAAGGACCAGCAUGUGAGUUGUAGCUUUCUGCUCAUGACACAGUUUUCUCUCUGUUGUGUGCUGUGUGUUUGUAGAGUGCUAUGAGUUAUUGCAGGUGCUAACAUUUCCAACUGACUAGGGAAAUCAAUUGCACCCCACACUACAAAAGGUCAGUGCAUUCCGCAUUUGUUUGCUACUGAUUGCUGAUCCAUACAAGCCCCUGUCUGUUUAAGAGUAAACAGAUAUGACAUGAUCUCCCACAGUUAUAUUGUUUGCUUCAAUUGUUGAAGUGUAGUAGUGCAUAGUUAAUGAAACUGAUUGAGAAUGUGUAAAUGAUUCUGCAGCAUUAUUUAUGAUGACCUCUUGAAAGUUGAAACAUGUAGGGGAACA